AUGGUAUCCCAAUUCGCCCAUGACAAGUCGUCCCGUACCACCAACAACGGCGAAGGCUCCAGCAGCACCGGAUCCUCCCCUUCCUCCAAGAACAGCAGGAAGCGGACCAUCAUGCCCAAAGACGACGCCAAGGCCGAAGACGCAGCUACGGAACCGUCAUUGGCGACGGCGGAACUGUCGACUCAGGUCCGAAAGAGUUUGAGACUCAGUUCCAUAACCGACGCAGAACUCACAUUGGCCACGGGAGGACCCUUUAUUUCGCGGACUGUCAGUGCAGACAGUGUCAAGUCUCGACCCCAUCACAAGCGGGCUGCUGUUACUGAAGUCGUCAAGAAGGAAGUCAAGAAGGAAGAGACUACUAUCGUUCGUCGUGGGACACAGGGCAGGAAUCAAGGGUACGCAGCACCAGCCACAUACGCACACUUGGAAUACGUUGCAGACAUUAUCGACUAUGACCUCGAUGUUCUCUUUGUUGGCAUCAACCCAGGUGUCAAGACCAGCCAGCGUGGGCAUCACUAUUCAGGACCUAACAACCACUUUUGGCCUUGUCUUUCCGACAGUGGCCUCCUUCCACCCGGCGUAAGACUGGGUCCUGACGACGACAAAUCCCUCCCUGCCUUAACAAACAUGGGUCUCACCAACCUUGUCGACCGGCCCUCGCGAAUGGGGAACGAACUCUCCGAUGCUGAAUGCCGUGCCGCUGCGCCCAUCCUCACUGCAAAACUCAAAAAGUACAGGCCCCGGUUUGUCUGUUUUGUUAGUAAACAGGCUUGGGAAAUGUAUACGGGAGUUGGGCUAGGAUUGCAGACUGCGUGGGUUAGUUGGGAUGAUACCCCGGAGGAUGAGGAGUUGUUGUGGGGGGCGGAUUUAGAGGACAAGAGGAACCCGAUUCAAAGACGGAUGAAUGAGGAGGGGUAUCGGUUGGGGCCCUUUUUUGAGGGUGGACCGAGUGCGGAGAGGUUAGAUGAACAAUUGAGGAAGGAGGGGGCCCCUUCACCAUAUUUUAAGCGGGAGGAUGGUUCGAUGGGGAUUAAGGUUGAGUUGAAGGAGGAGGAGGUUGACAGGAAGGAAGAUGUCAAGAUGGAGGAUGUUGAGGAUGUCAAGCCGGUCAAGGCGGAACUAGACGAUAAGACCCUGAUCAAGAAGGGGCUCGACGACGACGAUGGGGAUAACAAGCAGUAUGUCAAAAAGGAGCAAGACGACAAGAACGCGAUCAAAACGGAACUCUAUCACGAUACCAAGCCCUCGUCGUCAUCCUCGUCCUUAGCGGCCAGACCGACACCAAGGUACAGGGGCGGCGUCCGUGGGAGCCGGAUGUUUGUGAUGCCUAGCACGAGUGGGCGAGUGACACAGUACCGCAAGGAGGACAAGUUGGCCUACUUCCAGCAGUUGGCCGAGUUGGUCCGUCGCGACCGCCAGACCCGUGGCGUCAAAGCACCUUGGGAGCAAUGA